AUGGCUACUCAAGCAGCUGUAGCAAGCCCGGAGCCAUACCAGGAGCUCGAGCAGGAAUCAUCGCUCGUUUCCAUGCAGAGUCCACAUCCUAAAGCACAAGCUUUUGAUCCUUUAGCAUUUCCAAAGUCAAGAAGGCGACAGCUGCCUCCCAGCAGGUAUCGAUUCCGAAGUCCCAGAUACGAUCGUGGUCCGAUGCAUCCCCAUCAACCUCUCCAUCCCUCCGAUCCCGCAAGUCGAGAAUUCGUCCCGGGCCCUUUCUCGUCGCCGCGAGUCGAACUCGCGUACCACAACAUCAUUGCCCCUGACUUCAUGACGAUGUGCUAUCAACAUACGCCUCCCGGCUUCAGACCGCCAGAGAAGGGCCCCCGUUUGCGGCCGUGGAUUGGAGACAAUCCGUACUUUUCCAACAGACAGCUGCGUGGUCCUCGUGGUGGAGACGUCCUGCGAUUACUGAGAAAACCCAUAACAUUUCGAAAUGUGCCCAUGGUGGAACGAGUUACGGUUCACGCGUACUGCAAAGGCGCUCUCAAAGGAGGCUCAGGCUAUCUUCACGUGGCUGGCAUGAUUCUGCAGGCAAUCACAAACCAAAGGGUCGUGGUGCACAAGGCCAGGUCGAAUGAACAGGGCUGGGGCCUGAUCAGAGGCCGGCCAGUCAGUAUGACGGUGGACUUGAAGGCGGAAGACAUGUAUCAUUUUCUGGGCAAAAUGAUCAAUGUUGUCCUACCUCGUAUCAAGGAUUGGAAUGGUGUCCGGGCCACAACCGGUGACAACAGUGGCAACCUCUCUUUUGGGUUGACCCCUGAUGUUGUUGCUGGUUUUCCGGAAAUCGAAAUCAACUAUGACGCCUACCCGACGAAGUUAAUACCGGGUCUGUACAUCACCAUUCACACCACAGCCACUUGUGACAAAGAUGCAAGACUGCUCCUACAGCAGCUGGGCAUUCCCUUUUAUGGCAAGGUUGUGGAUUAA